AUGGAAAAUCUCCGGAGGAAACAGAAAAAGGAAAAACAACGGGCACAACACAUGAAAUCAUCGCACGACACGGAGCGCAUGCACUUGUCAAAAUUAUCGAUAAAUUCCCGGUUUGUCGAGCAGCUUUCGAUCAAAACCAUGUAAUGUCAUCAUUAUAAGUAUAAAAUAUAUACGUAAUUACAUUAUUUUGAUUGGCUGUUUGUUGUUGUUGUUUGUGUCGUUUCACAGCCAGGAGAGUAUAUUUCAAUCACCAGGAUGCUUCCGAAUCGCCCGAGUGCGAUACCGACAAUUCGACCAGUUCCAUCCCGAGGACGUCCAGUCAAAGCGACUGUUGGCCAUGGGCAAAGACCACGUGUUGCAGGAACGAAAUCUGCAGAAGUAUCAUGAGAUCGUGUUUUUAUUCUUGGAGAAAACGAUGUGUUUGUCGCAGUCCAACCAGAUGAAAAUGCUGCGGGUUCGGUAAGAUAGAGAAACGGCGGACGUGAUGAAAAAGCUGCAAGACUGUAGGAGACACGAAAUUAAAUCGUUGGUCAAGAUCCACAAGGACAAGGACGAGUCGGAAGGCAUACAUAUUAUAUUUCUGGCAGGGAUGGAUUCAAGGGGGUGGGGGUAAUUGAGUAUCGUCUCUCCUUGAGCGUAUUAUAAUAUAAAAUAAUAAAAUAACGAUGAUUAUAUGAAAUGGGUGCUUAUAAUAAAUAAAGUGACCGUCAACCAAGGGAAUAAUUCCCAAAUCGAUGAAUUCAAAAAAAAAAUAUUUAUCUAGACACUAUAUUUUAAAUAACUGAGUUGGGAUUCAAAUAAAUAUUAAUUCCCCCGUCCAACUUUGAGUAAAUGAAAACUUAAAUUAAAUUAGCAUAAACCAUUAAUAUAAUAAUCAUAAUCAAAAGCAAAAAAAUUAUAAUGUAAUUACAUCAUUAUUGUAUUGCAUUCGAAAAUUUAAUUUAGAGACACUUGUGCCGAUUUCAAUGCCGAUCCUUUUUUUUACUAAUUAUCAAAUAAUGUUAUAAUAUUCGGUAUUUAAUGUAUGCAAAUCUAAAGAUCCCACCAACAACUUUAUCCAGCAACGGCCACUAGCAGCCCCUAUUCUUAUCAAAAUUAAUAUUUUAAAAGUAUUGAUUUUAGUUAUAGGUAUUAGCAUUUUGGUUUGUAGGUAAAAGUAAAUAUUUUGUACGAUUGUUAACAUUUCUAAUAAUUUCAUGGAAGAAAAACACUUAUUUAAAAAUCGUAUCAAGAUAAUAAAUGUUAGAAGUUAUAAUUACGAAUUAAGAUAUGUUUUUAAUCCGUGGUUAUAACCAAAAUUUGUUCCUACAAAAAAACGGUUGGUUUUCUUUACAUUUUUAAUUUUCAUAGCUUCCAUUAUUCAUUAUUAAUAUGACUUUAAUAUAAAUUUUAAAUUAUUACUAUUGUUCUUUUUCGAAGAAUAUUUUAUCAGUGACCUGCUGUUCAUUCAUAAACAUAUAGGUAAAUAAGUUUAAUAAUUAAUUUUAUAUUUUAAUUAAAAUCGUAUUCUCAAAUUCAAGGUAUAAAUCUAGUUUACGACCCAAACUCAUUUUAGAUUUUGAGUGUAGCGAAGAAUGUAUUGAUUUUACUUAGAUGUUAAUUUCUUUUUUUUUAUACUGUGUGCACAAAUGCGAUCUUAAAUCUUGCUCAGAUAUUUCCGCGUGACACCAUUUCUGAAAGGGAAUGUUGUCCAGUUGGUACUUUUGGGAGUUAAUUUUUUGAUUUUCCAAGCGGUUUUCAUAAUACCUGAGAAAAGCCAGAAUAAAGCGUAAGAAAAACGGAAAAUUUACUUUUAUUAUUUUUAAAUUUUGUAAUUCAGUUAAAAAUAUUCAUAGAGACUUGAAAUUUGGACAAAAAACUUAUUUGAGCUAUUUAUAGACAUUUUAAUUUUGUGAGUUUUGUACGUAAUUUUAAUCAUUAAAUAUUCCGCGGUAAAAUUGAUAGACUUGACAGAAAUGCUUGAAAAUUUAACAAGAGGUUUAUUAAGAGUCUUAAUUUGUGUUCGAAAAAAAAUGUGAGUUUAAUGUAGUAUUUGUUUUUGUAAAGAAAUUUUAAUAUUAAAUUUUGACAAAACUUUUGUUGAGUAAAAAAUUAUGUGGAAAAAAUCGAAUUUUUUAUUUUUUUUUUUUUAGAUUUGUACAUUGCCGAUUUAAGAACGAUGGUGAAGUCAGAAUUGAGUUUCGAAAUUAUAGCUUUUUAAAGUUCUGAUAUUAUAUGGAUAUUGUAUGUUAUGUUAAAUAAUUCAAUGGUGUCUUCUCUAAAGUAUGUUUGUUGUAGCUAAAUUGUUCAGCAAGUUCAAAUCCAUGUUUUAGGAAAAAAUGUUUUGCAUUUUUAUUCCCCUUUUAUCUAAAUAAGGGAAAAACAAAUGCAUUUUGGGUGUACCUAGAAACCCAAGCCAUCACUCACUUGGACUAUUUCAUUUGCAAAAUACCCCUCGAUUUGUUGUACAAACUUUUCUAUCAAACAUCUUGCUCUGAUGUAUCAAGUGUAGCUCAUUUUCUAUAAAAUAAUCUAUUUUUAAAUAUAUGGGUAAAAAAAUAAUUUUAGUGGGUCCAUAAUAAAUAAAAAUUGAAUACAAUAUUUUUUUUUCAAUAUUUGAAGGCAAUAGUUUAAAAUAUAAUGGAUGAAACAUUUUUAAAUAUAUUGUACAUGUAAAAAUAUAUACUUUUGAAUUUAAUUUGAAUUUACAAUGUAAGAAUUGCUGUUAUGAAUAUCAAUUAUAACUUAUAAACAAGACUGCUGUUAUAAUCAGUAGAAUCUAAUUUUAUUUGUAGAAUGGAUGGAACAUGCAUACUUAAAGGACGAUCAUUAAAUAUUAAAAAAUUGAAAUCAGAAUUUAUGAAUGUUAUAAAGGAAAAAUUCAAUUACAGUUAUUUAAUAACUGCUUGUUAAGUCUAAGUACAGCUGGCUUCAGAAUUAUUCAAAAUAUAAUCCUGCAACAAUUAUUCUGGGAUCUUCAAUGGCAAUUUUAAUUUUUUGUAAAAACAAGACAGCCUCAACCUUAUCUACAAUUCUGUGGCAAUGUACAUUAUUGGUCUAAUGACAACCUAAAAAAUAAUGGGUAAACAGAAUAUUUAAAUAAAUAUGAUCGCUGUAAGCUCAUCAAGAUGAGAUAGAAUAUAAACUUUUUACUUGUCCUUUUACAGCAAUGAGCCUUUUAAAAGUUUCGUGCAUGUCUAAUAUGGCAGAUUGUGGUGGAUUGACUUAUAGAAAAGUUAAUAGUAAGAUUUUUUAAACGAGAAUGUCGUUGUAUACUUUACUUUUUUUACAAAUCUUACUCAAUUAAUCAAUGAAUACAGUAAAUCUCCAGAAAAUAAAAAGUAAAAACUAACUUUUAUAUUACUAUUAUACCUACAUUUUAUUAUUUUACUGAUAUUGUAUUAAAUUGUUAUAUAUAGGAUGAUUAAGAACUAUUUGGGUUGGCAAACUGUCAGGACAUUUACUCCUUAUUUAUCAAAAGUUUUUCGAAACGCGUUUAAAAGACCACAAAAGGCACUAUUGGAAUCUGAAGGCGGUAAAGAACUGUAUUAG